ACAAUGUUAAAUGACAAUCUGGCAACUGUCAUCAAUGGCAAACAGUGCCGGCAAAUUUUACAAAAAUAUAACGACGAACAUGAAUCGGAUUUGAAAUUGCUAAGUUUUAACGUAACCCCAGCGGAAGAGGUGAAAGGUUUUUUGGGCGAAUAUUUUCACCUGAAUUUGCUUUGUACUGAAAUAGCUGAAGCAGAAGCAGCAGAAGAUGAGGUGAAUGAGGAUGGAGAGUCAACAGAAGAAAAUGCUGAGGCAGAGGAAAAUAACAACUCUGAGGACGAUUUUCUUGGCAAGAGUUUGAAGUUUUUUGUAAAGAAACUUCCCCUGGUGCAUGAGCUGCACGAAAAAGUUAUUAUCUUUCAGAAAGAGAGUCGUCUGUACAGCUCGCUGCUGAUGGAAUUGCAGGAAUAUUCUCCCCAACCAUGGUGCCCCAAGGUAUAUUUAUGUUCCUCACAACUUCUGGUCUUGGAAGAUCUCGAAGAGUUGGGUUAUCAUUCCCUGAACAACAGGGAUACCUUGGAGGAAUCUGAAAUAUUUGCCAUACUCAGAGGACUGGCGGCAAUGCAUGCUUCCAGCUUACUCUAUGAACUUUACGAUAAGACCAUCGAAGAUAAUUUUUAUGAUUGCCUCAAAGAAAUUACCGUUCAUCCAGAAAUACCCUGGUUUACAACCGGCCUUAAAACCAUAUUAGAAAUUGCAAAGCAACAUCCAAAAUAUCAAGAAGAGGUCUCACAGGAAUUUAUCGACAAAGAGUUGCCAUAUCAUUUGAAAUCUGUGUAUUUUAUGGUAAACCCUUCGCCAAAAUAUCGCAACGUGGUGUGUCAUCGUGACACCUGGGGUGGUAAUAUAUUUCUAAAUUCGGAAGACCCAGAUGGCUCCGCCAUGUUUGUGGAUUUUCAAACCUGCCGCUAUUGCCCACCGGUGAUUGAUGUGAUCUUCACCCUCUUCAUGAAUUUGAAUAAAGAGGAGAGAAUGGAACGCGAGGAGGAAUAUUUGAGAUAUUACUGGGAUCAAUUCAAAGGUAUUCUGGCAUCAAAUGACGAUGAUGGUGGCGAGAGUUGGGGUCUAAGUGAAGAGGAUUUCUUGGAAUCUUAUAAGGAGUUUAAAUUAUUCGGUUAUGUCUACCGGGCCUUGGCUGUGACCAUUUUAAAAGUUCCCAAAGAAAUUGUCACCGAAGAGUAUAAAAAUGUGGAGCGAACAACGCCUUUGAUGGAAUAUAUGGAGGAGAAUGAGGAAUUCCGCAUGCUAAUGGAAGAAUGUGUGGAGGAUGUUAUUGAAGCAGUGGUGGACAUGACGACGAAGGAUGAGACGUUCUAA